UCAUUUCUCCUGAAGGAUGAGAUCCCUGAAACACCUCAAACAUCACUCCAGGAACAAUGUGGAGGAGGAGAGUGGCCGCCUGGUGCCGAACUACCCUAAGAUGACAGAAGGCCAAGUGGAUGUGGGCACACAGACAGAGCCCGUGGUGGUUCUGUCUCUAGCUCAGGCAGCUGUUCUUGGUCUCAUCUCACAGAAUGAAAUCUUUGGGGCCACCAUUGCUCCUAAUGGCUUUUACACAGGAGAACCCAGAGAGUGCCCUCAUCCUCCACAGGAGGCAAUGGAAUAUGAGUAUGCUGACCAACUGAUUGGAGCCAACGGGGACUACCUGGCUGAGCCUGCUGGUGAACCAGACCCCCAACCCCACUGCAGCGAGAGAAGACGGCCUGGACCCCGAGGGAGGACAAAGAAGCCCAAGAGUGAGACAGAAUUAGAGGGUCAUCCACACAAAGUACCAAGCCCACAGGCUCAGGUUAAAGGUGAAAGGCUAGAGUCUGACAGUCCUCCGUCCUGCAUUCACAUGAACAGCAGGCGUAGCCCUGGUAAAUCAGAGGAGCCAGUCACCCAACAAGGCUCUCUGAAAGAGGAGCAGGCCUGUGGAAACUGUCUCUCAUGUGUGAGAGAUACAGCUAGGCCACAACAAGACGGACAGCCAGAACAGGAACAAGAAGACAGCAACGGCAGAGAAAGAGAGAGGAAGGAAGAAGAGUUGGUGGUUGAGGAAGAAGAAGAAGAGGAAGAGGCCCUAAAUCUCAAGACUAGUGGAGACAAUGGCAGUCCUCUGGAGAACCGCUAUUAUGAAUCCAAUGACGUGCCCUAUGAGUCUGCUGAUAUGGCAAUGCCAGGAGAAUAUGAAGAGAAUGGCCAGGCCAUGCUGUGGUCAGACCCAGAGGGCCUUGCCAGACGAAUGCAGAUUGACCGGCUGGACAUCAAUGUCCAGAUUGAUGAGUCAUACUGUGUAGACGUGGGAGAGGGUUUGAAACGCUGGAAGUGCCGCAUGUGUGAGAAGUCAUACACUUCAAAAUAUAACCUUGUCACUCAUAUCCUGGGCCAUAAUGGAAUUAAACCCCAUGAAUGUCUACACUGUGGAAAGCUCUUCAAGCAGCCGAGCCACCUGCAGACUCACCUGCUCACCCACCAGGGAACCCGACCUCACAAGUGCACCGUUUGUGAGAAGGCCUUCACGCAGACCAGCCACCUGAAGAGGCACAUGCUGCAGCACACGGACGUCAAGCCCUACAGCUGUCGCUUUUGUGGCCGUGGCUUUGCUUACCCAAGUGAGCUGAGAACCCAUGAGAACAAACACGAGAAUGGCCAGUGCCAUGUCUGCACCCAGUGUGGCAUGGAGUUCCCAACCUACGCACACCUGAAGCGCCACCUGACCAGCCAUCAGGGCCCGACCACAUACCAGUGCACAGAGUGCCACAAGUCCUUUGCUUACCGCAGCCAGCUGCAGAACCACUUGAUGAAGCACCAGAAUGUCCGGCCCUACGUUUGUCCUGAGUGCGGCAUGGAGUUUGUCCAGAUCCACCAUCUUCGGCAACACGCUCUCACUCACAAGGUACUGGCAGCGCACGCCAUCGCACUCAAGGGUAUGAAAGAAUUCAAGUGUGACGUCUGUUCCAGAGAGUUCACGCUGUCUGCCAACCUGAAGAGACACAUGUUGAUCCAUGCCAGUGUGAGGCCCUUCCAAUGCCACGUCUGCUUCAAGACCUUUGUCCAAAAGCAGACUCUUAAAACGCACAUGAUUGUCCACUUGCCGGUCAAACCGUUCAAAUGCAAGGUCUGUGGAAAGUCGUUCAAUAGAAUGUACAACCUCCUCGGCCACAUGCAUCUUCACGCCGGCAGCAAGCCCUUCAAGUGCCCUUACUGCACCAGCAAGUUCAACCUGAAGGGCAACCUCAGCCGACACAUGAAGGUCAAGCACGGCAUCAUGGACUCCACAAUAGACGGACAAGAACCCCCCCAAGAAACAGAGAGCCAGGAGGACUAUGAAGAGGAGAGCUUUGAGUUCAGUGAGCGAGAAAAUCGGGCUAACAACAACAACACACCAGACAUUGCUAAACUAUCUCAAAUGGAGUAUUACAGCACCUAUGGGAAAGGAGCAGGGCGCUUCAGCACUGCCUGAAUUAUUUAAAUGACCCCAAAUUGAAUUAGUGUGAACUAAUGAAAACGGGAUUGUUUCUUUGUUUUUGUUGUAUAAGGCAUUGUGCUUGGGUUGUUCUCAAAGGUUCUUAAAGGGCGAAACCCAGCAAACUGCACAUUUACAUGCACUGGAAUGAAUAUUACCCUACACAAUUGGAGAAUGUAUACUUUUUACUUAAUCACCUAUUUUUCAUCUCUAAAACACUGCAAAUCUACUGAAUAAAUAUAUUUUAGAAACAUGGACUGUCUAAAAGAGGAAGAUUUAGGUUGAAAAAUAUCUAUAAACUGUAUGCUGCCAGUUGCUUAAAAACAGGAAUAUCAUCUGAGCCUGAGGUGAAAAGCACAUUUAGUUCAAAGCAUUAAAGCAUAUGUCAGAUAUAUUCUACACUUAGUCAUUAAGACAAUCCCGGUCUCUUUCAGUCUGCUGGGGUCAACUAAUGUGAAGAGUUUAAGAAGGAAACAAGUGUUAGUGCUCAUUUGACUUGCCAAAGCUUAUCAAGAUUGAUUGACUCACUGAUUUAUACUGUGAUAAAUGAAAUCUGUGGUCUGAAAAACAACUUAAAUUCAUAUGGAUUUGCAAUCUGUUUUGUUGUAUAAUACUGUACAGAAUGUAUCAGUCCUCUUGUAUGUCGGCUGGUACUGUAACCGGUGCAUUGCACUGAGGGCCACUGUGUUUACUUUUUAGGUUUCUGCAUUAACAAACAUCACCCUGUAUUGAUCACUAGUCUAUGAAUGUACUUGUUUCUGUGGAAUGUUUUAAGACUAACAAAAAGAAAAACAAAACACCCUUUAUAACAGUAGAACCCCUUUACCAAAGAAUUGGAUCAUAUCUUGCAGCUUACAGGCAUCGUCAGUUUCUUUUGCCGUUUUGUGCAGGGACAUUGAAUUUCUUGGGGUCCAAUUGCAGACCUCAUGAAAUUACUUUCAGGUUCCCCUCCCACCCAUCUGUAGAUCUCUUCAAAAGAUUACCGCAAAGAAUAGAACGACUGUGGUACAGCCUCUCUUUCAACAAAACAUCACCAACUUCCCCCCAUCCAGGCCUUCACAAGUCAGGACUGCAGCAUUUUUCAAACGCAAUGCAAACCCUGCAUUUGUAUUGCAGUUGUUUGUUUUUUUCUAAUGGAUGAAUCUCAACAAGAAUAGUCCCAAAAACUCGGACAGAAAUAUUAAGUGCCCCAGUGUGUCUGCGAGAGCAUGCCAUCCAUCAUGCUGUACACUGGUCUCAAGUGAUGAACGACAACCUCCCAACAUGUGACAGGGCCAUGGACCUCGUGGAAAAUGAUUUGGGAAAUUCUCAAUAUAUUCAGUUUCCCAGUGCUUAGCUUUUCAAACUUGUAACCUGCAAACAAGGUAUCCAUUUGCGAUGUUGAUAUAGUGCAUUUAAAAUAAAAUGCUCAUUUUUGUGAGUUCUUCAGCUUCUGUGUUCAUGCCAUCACUGUUUUAGUGAUGAAACAAAAGGGGAGGAAGUUCAUCUUAAGUGGCUUUCUGUAUUAGUCAUUAGUGUGGAGAUAAUGUGGAUAGAAAUGUAUGUACAUGUUGUGUACCAGACAAUACUGUAAGAUAAUAAAUUUAUUUACCUU